AUGAAGUCGUUGUUGCAUCGGUACAUGCACUCACCCACCAGCCUGGCUCGCAGUCGACUGGCCCAGAUGGCGUCCCAUGUCGCCUCCCCUGCGGGCGUUCCCCUGGCGGACCUGCCCAAGUCGAACGUCUUCACGUCUAAACUCCCCGCUGACCCCGCCUUCGAGACGCCCGAGGCCUCACACAGGGCGCCACGGGAGACUCUCGGGCCGCGCAUGGUGAAAGGCGCGUUGUUCACCUAUGUCCGCCCGGAGCCAUCCGACGAGCCGGAGCUGCUAGGUGUCAGCCCCAAGGCUAUGCAGGAUCUGGGCCUGAAGCCCGGAGAAGAGCAGUCCACCCAAUUCAAGGCACUAGUCGCUGGAAACAAGAUCGAGUGGAAUGAAGACAAGGGGGGAUCUACCCGUGGGCUCAGUGUUACGGAGGUACGUUGCUCUCCCUUUAAAACAGAGAGCCGGGUCGCUAACAAUUCCAAGGGUGGCAAUUCUUCCAGCGGUCAAUGGGCUGGACAACUUGGGGAUGGACGGGCAAUCAGUCUGUUCGAAUGCACCAACCCACAGACCAAGAUACGCUAUGAACUGCAACUCAAGGGCGCGGGCAAAACCCCCUACUCGCGUUUUGCAGAUGGCAAGGCUGUGCUGCGAUCGAGUAUCCGUGAAUACAUCGUCUCGGAAGCCCUCAGCGCCCUGGGCGUGCCCACCACUCGUGCGCUCUCACUCACCUUGUUACCAAACUCCAAGGUUUUGAGAGAACGUAUCGAACCGGGAGCAAUCGUCGCAAGAUUCGCCGAGUCCUGGCUACGGAUUGGCACCUUCGAUCUACUUCGCCUCCGCGGGGACCGUGACUUGAUCCGCAAGCUCGCGACAUACGUUGCGGAGGACACUCUCCCGGCUGCUGUCUCCCUGCGCGAAGGCCAGUCCGCCGCAGAGAUAGACAACCCCACCCGGGGGAUCCUGCGAGAUGAGCUCCAAACGCACCAAGGUGCGGAGGAGAACCGGUUCGCACGGCUGUAUCGAGAGAUCGCCCGACGCAACGCAAAGACGGUGGCUGCGUGGCAGGCGUAUGGGUUCAUGAAUGGAGUCUUAAACACCGAUAACACAUCCAUAUACGGACUAUCGCUCGACUACGGCCCAUUUGCUUUCAUGGAUAAUUUUGACCCGCAGUACACGCCGAACCAUGACGACCACCUGCUGAGAUAUUCAUACCGAAACCAGCCCAGCAUCAUUUGGUGGAAUCUGGUCCGACUUGGUGAAUCCCUGGGCGAGUUGCUUGGAGCAGGAGAACGAGUCGAUGCCGACAGUUUUGUCAAGGACGCCGUGACGGAGGAGAUGGAACCGGAGAUCGUCCAACGUGCGGAGAAGAUCAUUGAGCGCACAGGCGAGGAAUUUCGAGCAGUGUUUUUGAAUGAGUACAAGCGACUGAUGGGUCGCCGACUGGGGCUGCAGACACAAAAGGAGUCAGAUUUUGAGGCCCUAUUCUCGGAGAUGCUGGACACUCUCGAGGCCUUGGAGCUCGAUUUCAAUCACUUCUUCCGGCGACUCUCGGGCCUUUCGCUGUCGGACCUGGAGACGGAAGAAAACCGAGCAGAAAUCGCAUCCGUAUUCUUCCACACGGAAGGAUUCGGGGGCAUUGGCUACACGGAAGAGUCUGCAAGAGCUCGCAUUGCCAAAUGGCUUGACAGCUGGCGCACCCGAGUGUUGGAAGACUGGGGCCCCGGCAAUGAUGGAGAAAGACAGAAGGCCAUGAAGGCUGUGAAUCCCAAUUUUGUGCCGCGAGGAUGGAUCCUCGACGAGGUUAUCGAGCGAGUUGAGCGCAAAGGGGACCGAGACAUUCUGGGACGAGUCAUGCAGAUGUCUCUGAAUCCGUUCAACGAUGAAUGGGGGUUCAACAAGGAAGAAGAAGAGCGCUUCUGUGGCGACGUGCCCAAGUACAAGAGAGCCAUGCUAUGCAGUUGCAGCUCGUGA